AUUAGCAGUGAUUUGUCAGAGAAGUCUUUGGGAUGGAUAUGAUUUACACGCUCCUUUGCGGACUGCUCGUGGUCAGUCUGUCACUUUACGCAAAGCCGUUCACCACAGUCCAGUAUAAGUCCAUAAAAACUCUCCCCGCAGCAGAGAACAGGAGCGCGCUCAACAGGUCGCGCGCAGCCAAAGAGCCUCCAGAUCUGGACGCGAAAACAGGCGCAAAACAGCGGCCGUCAUCCGGCGAUCAGUCACGCAAAAAACAGCCUCCCAAAAACAGAGAUAAACGGAAAAACUGCUUCGGUUUGAAGAUGGAUAGAAUAAGUGAUGUAAGUGGAAUGGGCUGUAAAAGUGACUGAGCGACAUAUGGGAGAUUAUUCAUGCUGAGUAGAAAGGACUAAAUGCCUCAUGCAGAAUGAACAUGAAUCAGGAACGCUGAGUCAGUGCGCUAUUGGAUUGCAACAGUUUGCAAUAUUUGGAUACGUGUUGUUGGAUCACUCCUUUGGGUAAUAUAUGUUGCCUGUUGUUAAAUUGCAUUUUGAAUUCUAGAAAACGAGCAUAAACUCAAAACAACAUUUUUUGUUGCAUCAAUGUCGAUCAAACUGGAUAACUCAAAUGAUUCGUGCCUUGGUGAAUGUUGGGUUUGAUUUGAAACUGCAUGUACAAGACUUUGUCUAUGUUCCUGUAAAAAGACAGUAUUGAGAGUACUCUAUGUUACACUGAGAACAAGUUAUGUACAGAGAUGUAUAAUAAACUUAUAGUUUUUUAUUAUUCA